ACAAUUAAAUACAUUCGAAAUGCAUGUAAUCAAAAGAUUAACAUAAAAAUGUACUAAAUAUGCACACUAACCACAAUGACAAAAUACUUGUAGUAGCUGGGCGAUCAAGAUAUGCUAAUAUUUUUCUUUAACUUAUACUCCGCCUAAAUCAAUCUACACGUGGUGAUUCAAACAUCUGUUCGUUAUUUAUGCAAAUAAAGUCUACAGAAGUUUAUUGCAUCCUGAGCAAUACGUUAUCUUUAAAGUACACGUAUACUAUAUUAGUUAUCUCUAAAUGACAGCAAGUAACGGUAAGUUUCUCUUUAAUAAGAUUCAUUCAUCGAUGUGCUCAGCGAUCUAGAACAUUAUUUUUUAAACUGUCUUACAAGUCAAAGAUUCUUACUGGUUAGAUUUCAGAAAGGGGUGGAGAUUUUGUUUUUAAAAAAAUGACAAAACAACUUUCAAAUAACUAUCAAUGGAAAUAGGUAAUCAAAUUCUUGCAUUAUGAGUCGAUAAUAAACAAAAGGUAAAAGUUGAAAGCCCUCGAACAUGACUUCCGACUUGACUAACACUGGGAGGUAGAUAUAAGAUAAAACCCACAACGGAUCUGAACACGGGGUGCCCAAAGCAUCGACGACAGUGAACGGAUUUUUAGACAUUAACUUAUGAUAUAAACAUCAUUUAACAAGUACUUUAUUUUCUUUUAACCGUUUUCGCGAUAUAUCCUUUUUGCACGCAUUUGUUUUAUCUAACCUUUACCUUAAGUGCGUAUCUCGUUUUCCGACAACCCUAACCAUGAUUGGUUCGGCACGGUCUUUGCAGCAUAUAAUACCUUGUAUAAUUUAUACUGGUCUUCUUAUUUUUAUUUCAAUGCAACUUUGCAAUGGAAUGCCAGUGGAUAUUUCUGUGGAACGAUUAAAUGAGGGUUUUUUGCCACCGGAAUCCUCCGAAAAAACUGAGGCUUUUGAUCCAUUGGAAAUCAAUGAUGGUCAAUCCUUGGAUGCCAAACUUAAAAUUAUGAAGCUUCUAUCGGAAUUGGAAAAAGAAAUGGAAGAGAAGUUUCGUAGAAGAAAGAAUCAUACAAAGAUUAAUGCAACAGCUACACCUAUAAAAGCGGCUCCCUACAUUUUUGAGGGCGAUAUUAUUUUACAACCAGAACAAGCGUUGGAAAUUGUUGAAAGGGGAAAACGUCGACAAAAGCGCAAGCUGCACGCCAAAAAGGUUUAUUUGUGGAAAUUACCUAUAUGGUACACCUUUCACCCUAAUGAGUAUAAUAAGAUGGAGGAGAAUAGUAUUCUAGAAUCCAUUAUCAUCUUGGAGAAACUAACUUGUAUCAAGUUUAAAAAGAUAGAUUAUCAUCUGCUUCUCAACAGUACCUUCCAGUUGGCAAAUCAAAACAAUGUCACCAUAAACUUCACCAAAGAUAUGGGGUCUGGUUUCAGUUGUUGGUCCUAUAUCGGAAGACGCGAGGCACAUAAUGGUGUUCAAGCUUUGUCGGCAGCCCCUAAUUGUAUGGUUAACGAAGGUUCCUUGUUACAUGAAUUGGGUCAUGUAAUUGGAUUUUGGCAUGAGCACUCCCGGCCUGACAGAGAUAGUCACAUUAACGUGGAAAACGAUUCAAUAGAAGAAGGGAAAUUAUUCAACUUUUACAAAAGCAGCUGGCAGAAUGUGGAGACGAAAAACGUCAGCUACGAUGUCAGCUCUAUAAUGCAUUAUUCUGCCACCGCAUUUGCCGCUGUUCAGGGUGGUGGAACAUUUGUGAAGCCGACACUUAUUGCAAGGGAUGUCCGCCUUCAACGUGCCCUUGGUCAAAGACAGGAGUUUUCUUUUUAUGACGCAAAGCUUGCAAACUUGGCUUACUGUCAGGACGUGUGUGAUCCUUCACUUUUGGCUAAAACUUGCCUCCACGAUGGUUACCAGGAUCCCAAAAACUGUUCCAGAUGCCGCUGUGCAGACGGACUAGGGGGAGACUACUGCGAAAAUGUUCAAAUACAUCCUCAAAGUACCGUGAAAAGCGGAGAAAUCUUUGUUUCCGAUAAACCAAUAAUGAUUUCUGCAUAUACAACGAGUGAUUAUAGGAAAGGGACAAAAUUAUCCUGGCUCUUUAAGACUGAGCCGAACAAAAACAUCAAACUAACUUUUAAAGGAGAUUUCAUGAUGUAUUAUAAUUGCACAGAUGACCCUAAUGAAAAGUGCCGGGAUUAUGUUGAAGUUCGGUAUUACCACAAUCUAGCAAAUCCCGGAGCAAGAUUUUGUUGUUUCAAUAAAAAUGACAAAACCCCUCCCCUCUUGUCAGAGGGAAAUCAGAUGCUGGUGUUGAUGCGCGCUUUUGGAGAUGGUAAAAAAGGCUUCGAGGCGGAGGUGGUUUCAGAAUAUUGCGGAGGAUAUGGACAAAAUAGCCGUAGGGAUCAGUCGUAUAUGCCUUGUUCCCGCCUUAUUAAGGAGACUUGUCAACAAGUGUGGGAGGAGAGGGAGGAGGUGUCCUGUAAAACCUGGUACACUUGGGCUCCUGACUGCAAAACAGAAGUAAUGGUAAAGAAAUCCCGACCUGCUUUGUGCCCUAGAUCCACAUAUUACUGCUCUGAUGGGUUCUUCUUUGAUGGUCAAUUAUGCGUUGGAUUAACCAGUACCUUCACAUUACCACCCUCUCAGACGACUCACACGGUCACUUUUCAGGACAACAAACUAUCUUCAACCAGCAACGUUUUGUACGACGCCGUUGGCUGGACAAUAUGGUCAUCCUGGAGUGCCUGCAGCGCUACAUGCGGUGGAUGUGGAAUUCAAACAAGAGAUAGAACUUGUGAGGAUUCCCAACUAUGUGGGGGUAAAACUUACGAGAGAGAGGCAAAACAGUGCGGAUUACAGCCAUGCGAUAAAGAUAAAGUGUCGAACAAAUGUACUCGAGAAAUAGAGAAGCAGAAACUUUGUAGUCCUUUAUCCAUGGAUAUAUGCGUUACGACAUAUACAGAAACUUACGAUUGUUUCGGUACGUGUUGUGCAAAUUAUAAAAUUGAUGGAAACAGUUGUGUUCCAAUAAACAAAAGAUAGGAUUCAUUAAGAUGGAAAAGGGAUGCUAAACGCAAAGCGG